AUGAGUGGAUUCCCUCUCAUGUUGAUAUUAAUGAAUGAUGUCGCUGAUCGAAACGCCAUGGAAGAGUUGUUAGUGGUUGUUACUAAAGGUUUCUUGAUACCGGUUGUUGAUUGCACCAGCGAUCUAGCUCAUUUCUUUUUCUGCAACGAAGGUGAAAAGAUGUCUGGAAAGCGAAAAGUUGUUCUUUCGCUAGGAGACAAAGGAAAGAUAUUGAAGAGGCUGAAAAAUAAUGAAGCCGCUUCAAAAUUAGCAGCGGAGUUUGGUGUAGGAAAGUCUACAAUAUCAGAUAUAAAAAAGAAUGAAGAAUCAAUUAUGAAGUAUUUAACGGGACUUGAAAGUGAGCAAGGAAGCUUAGAUAGAAAAUCGAUGAAAAAAUCCUUUGAUGAUCAAGUAGAUAAAGCUUUGCACAUGUGGUUUUUGCAGAAACGCUCAUCUGGUCAUCCCAUUUCUGGACCCUUAUUAUGUGAGAAGGCACUAUUUUUCAACGAAAAGUUGAAUGGAGAAAAUACUAAUACAUUUCAAGCAAGCUCUGGGUGGCUUAGAAAUUUUAAGCUACGGCAUGGUAUACGCGAAAUCGGAUUGCAUGGUGAAAAAUUAUCUGCAUCUACAGAGUCUGCUACGAAAUUCGUAAAAGAAUUUAUUGAAUUUGUAAAAUCAGAAAAAUACGAAGAAGAAUUUAUUUACAAUGCAGAUGAGACCGGCCUGUUUUGGAGAUCUUUACCCCGAAAAACAUUAGCAUCUGGGUUCGAAAAAAGUGCUUCUGGAACUAAAUUAAACAAAGAAAGAAUCACAGUUCUUAAUUGCGCAAAUGCAACCGGUAACCAUCGAAUACCAUUGUUCGUGAUAGGACAUUCAAAGAAGCCUCGAUGUUUUAAUAAUUGGAAAAAUCUGCCAGUAAUUUACACUUCUCAAAGGAAGGCUUGGAUGACAUCAGAAGGUUUCAUUGAUUGGUAUGAUCACACAUUCAUUCCUAAAGUUAAGACACAUCAAGAAGAUAUGAAGAAAGAGGGCAGAGUACUCCUACUUCUUGAUAAUGCACCUUCACAUCCGUGUGCAGAUACCCUUGAACGGGAAAAUGGGAAGUUCCGAGUAAAGUUUUUGCCACCUAAUGUUACAUCACUGAUGCAACCCAUGGAUCAGAGUGUAAUAGAGACAUUUAAGCGCUUUUAUAGAAAGCAAAUGUUGAGAAAGAUGCUUCUAUCAGAAGACACUGAAGAGCCUGAUUCCCAGAAUGCCAAAAACAUUAAUUUAAAAGAUUGUUGCAUUAUGGCUGCCGAUUCCUGGAAGCUUGUAAAAUCAUCAACGUUAAAAAAUGCCUGGAAUAAAAUUUUAAACAGGGAAAAAAUUGAUACUGGAGCAGAAGCAUCUGAUAAGGAAAAUGAGGAGUGUAAAACUAUAAAAGAGAUGGGAAGAAUCCUAAAUUAUGAGGAAAAAGAAAUUAAUGAGUGGCUAAAUUGUGACAUGCAAGACCCUGGAUAUCAGAUUUUAAAUGACAAUGAGAUUGUGGCUGAGAUUGAAGGCGAAAAUGAAGAAAAUAAAAAUGAAAUUGAAAAUGAAUGCUCUGAAAAUGACCCAGGUCCAUCACAUAGCGAAGCCUUUGAAUGCUUGGAAAAAGCUAUGAAAUGGCUCGAAAGGCAGAAAGACGCUGAUCCUAUUCAAGCAAUGCAUUUAAGAAGCAUUAGAGAUAUGGCAGCAUUGAAAAGAAUGUCUUCUUUGAAAAUAUUUUGCUUUGAAGCUAAAGCUAUGAACAGUGAGCAUGAGAAAAGAUUUCACCAAGAUAUCUUUACAAUGGAACGCAGAUACCAGGGUCAUUAG